UGCAGACGACAAAAUUCGCUUGUGAGUUCGGUUUACAAUUACUUCAAAAUGCCUUACGUUUAUGUCGGAAAGCGAAAUUUCUAUAUUGGGAAAAGGUUAUGGGAAAUAGUGGGGAAUUUGAAAAAUUUUGGUGAAGGCAGAAUUCUUGUUCGAAGUAAAUUUGAGAGGUAUCCAGAAGUCUCGUACGUCAAGAUUAUUCGAGCGGAGCCUCUCAUGGAUGAGGAAAAUAUGUUUGGUAGGGUACUUGUUGAACAAGUUUUUAGAGGAAGACCUUAUGGAGAGUAUGACUUAUCCAAAACUGCUUACAAGAAUGACUUCAAACUAGUUCCCAAAGAUGAAGAGGAGUUCUAUCUUAGCCGAACUAUGAAGGCAGAGGAAUUGGAGAAGCUUAAAAAACCCUUGCCAGAAUUUAUUCAAUUUCCUCCUCUAUUAAAGGAAAUGAUCUCCAAACAGGAAAAUAACCCUAACCCUUUAUUGAAAGCAGUGUAUAAGUUUGGUCCCAAUAAUGCCUCAGUAUUUAUACAGCCUGGUGCAGUAUGCAACAAAACACAAAUUGAGAAUUCUAAAGCACCUCAUCUGUAUGAAAAUUUAAGACCUUAACGUAGUGGAGAUGGGAUUACACUGCAGUCAAAAAUUUUA